CUGGCGGCGCUGUCGCAGUGAGCGGCAGCGGCGGGCGGUGCGGGCAGCGCAUCCCGGCGGGUCCCCUUCGGCGGGGAGGAGCGGUGGUGAAAAGCAGAGGCCUCUAAGUAGCUUGGUGCAGUUAGGUACUUCCCUCCUGGAUGCUCGGAUGGGCAGGAGAGAGGAGCCGCUCCCUGGAGAGCCCGGCAGGCAGGCAGCCUCUUCCUCCUCGUGAUUUAACGGGGGCUUUGCGAGCGCUGACAGCAGCGAGGGGCUCUCGCUUGUGAGGUGCGCAGGCAGGACUGAGAAGAUUUGUGUCACUGUAGGACCCAGAGUGGCUUGGAUUUGUCAGAGGGGAAUGCUGCAGCAUGAACCCACCGCCUAGAGAGAAGGGAUCGCACCUCCUCGGUGCCGCUCCCUGAGCCAGCCCGACAGCAUCCGUCCGGUGGGGAGCCAGCCCCGGGGGACCGUCGUCGGGAGCAGCCCAGCCAAGCCCUGCCGCUCCGCCGCACGGCUCCGGCGGGAUGCGCUCGCCGCCGCCUUCAUGCCGGAACGGGGGACACUGAACGGCCGCUCCGCGCCCUGCGAGCCACACGGGCAAGGACCCCGGGCAGCGGCGGGGCCCCGCGGCUCAGCCCGCUCCGGAGCCAUCCACGUGUCACCCGCCGGCGGUGCCCGCUGAAGGCGUCCGCUCCAGCCGGUGCUGCGGGGGGGCACCCCUGAGCCUUUCGCUGCAGAAGCCAGGCGGUACUCCCCGGGGGUGGCGGCGGAGCCCGCCCGGCCGCCGCGAUCCGGUGCCCCAUGGUGGUGCUGCGGAAGCUGCCGGGCAUGCCGGGCUGGCCGGCGGCGCUGGGGCUGCGGCUGCCGCAGAAGUUCCUGUUCCUGCUCUUCCUCUCGGGCCUGCUCACGCUGUGCUUCGGGGCCCUCUUCCUCCUGCCCGAUUCCUCCCGCUUCAAGCGCCUCUUCUUGCCCCGCCGGGCCACCGCCUCCGCCGCCUCCUCCUCUUCUUCCUCCGCCUCCUCCUCCUCCGCCUCCUCAUCUUCCACCCGCGACACCGACCUGCCCCGCAGCCCCCCCGCCGCCGCCGAGCCCCGCCACGCUAGCCCCGCCGCCCCCCGCCGCCUCCGGGAGAAGCUCCGCACCGCCGCCCGCAUGGCCGGCCCUCCGGCGCACACCGCGCCGGGCUCCCGGCAGCAGGUGCAGGGCGGCGAAGGGCGAGCCGAGCCCGCCACCGGGGCUCCCUCCGCCCGGGAGACGCGAGCUCCGUUCCGCUUCGACUACCAGCGGUUCUGCCGGAGCCUCCGACACCCGGUGCGGGGCAGGCGGCCCAGCGAGGACCCCGAGACCCGUGCCCGCAGGAUGAAGAUUAAAGAGAUGAUGAAAUUUGCUUGGGAUAACUACAAACAAUAUGCACUUGGAAAAAAUGAACUGCGACCACUGACUAAGAACGGCCACAUCGGUAACAUGUUUGGAGGCCUUCGAGGAGCUACGGUGGUAGAUGCCUUAGAUACUCUGUACAUCAUGGAACUUGAGGAGGAAUUCCAAGAAGCAAAGAAGUGGGUGGAGAAGAGCUUUGACUUGAAUGUGAACGGAGAAGCAUCCUUGUUUGAGGUGAACAUCCGCUAUAUUGGAGGACUGUUGGCCGCAUACUACUUAACUGGAGAAGAGGUGUUCAAGAGUAAAGCUCUGGAACUUGGAGAGAAACUUUUGCCAGCUUUUAACACCCCCACUGGUAUCCCACGUGGCGUCAUAAAUCUGGGCAGCGGCAUGAGCUGGAGUUGGGGUUGGGCGUCUGCCGGAAGCAGCAUCUUAGCAGAAUUUGGUACCUUGCACUUGGAAUUCCUGCACCUCUCGGAGCUCUCUGGCAACCCGGUGUUUGCAGAAAAGGUGAUGAACAUCCGCAAAGUCCUGAACAGAGUUGAGAAGCCACAGGGCCUUUAUCCCAACUUUCUCAGCCCGGUGACAGGGAACUGGGUGCAGCACCAUGUCUCCAUUGGGGGGCUUGGGGACAGCUUUUAUGAGUAUCUCAUCAAAUCCUGGCUGAUGUCAGACAAGAAAGACUCUGAAGCUAAAAAGAUGUACGACGAUGCGCUAGAGGCAAUAGAAAAGCAUUUGGUCAAAAAGUCCGCUGGAGGAUUGACCUACAUUGCUGAAUGGAGGGGUGGCAUCUUGGAUCACAAAAUGGGCCACUUGGCUUGCUUCUCUGGGGGCAUGAUAGCGCUUGGAGCUGAACACGCUGGAGAAGAGAGGAAACAACAUUAUAUGGACCUUGCUGCAGAAAUAACGAACACGUGUCACGAGUCUUAUGCACGCUCAGAUACCAAACUUGGCCCCGAAGCCUUUCGCUUUGAUGCUGGAAGUGAAGCCAUGGCAACCAGACUCAGCGAGCGCUACUACAUCCUACGCCCAGAAGUGGUAGAAAGCUACAUGUACAUGUGGCGGCUGACACACGACCCCAAGUACAGGCAGUGGGGCUGGGAGGUUGUGAAGGCCCUGGAAAAACAUUGUAGAGUAGAAGCUGGUUUUUCUGGCAUCCGAGACGUUUACACCACAACCCCAACCCAUGACAACAUGCAACAGAGUUUUUUCCUCGCAGAGACUCUGAAGUACCUCUAUCUUCUGUUCUGUGAAGAUGACGUGCUGUCCCUGGACGACUGGGUGUUCAACACAGAGGCUCACCCCCUGCCAAUCAACCACACGAACUUUAAAGCAAGCGCGCAGUAGUGAGGCCGUUGCCCAGCGCCCUGCUGCUGCAGCGUCAGCGGGUUGCUGCAUUUCCUUUCCAUUAAAGGAAUUCGCGUUGUUCCUAAAAUGGUAUUUUGGGGCACUAGUCCAAUUCCGGACAGUAUUAUAUUGGGGAGACGAAACCGUGACAUAAGCACCUUCUUUUCCUCUGUGAGGAGCUUUAUUAGCCUGAUAAUGAGAUGUUUAUUCUGGGCCAUAUUGUACACAGUUCAUAGACAUUCCUUUAUACAGAGAAUUUAUAUGAAAUCCACUGACUUUGCUUUAUAGUGGCCAAAGGACCGGAAGUUUGCCAUAAAAUAGACUUCACACACACACAUCCUCCUUUCGUUUUUCUGUUUCAUUUUUGCCUUUUGUAUACUCUUGGAUUUAUCACCUUUCUAAUUAACAGUUUUCAAUAUACAGUGCUUUCUAGAUGGUAGGCUUUCCAGGCUCUUUAGGGAGAACAGGGUAGGAGAAGGAGGAAGGGGAGUUGCCCUUUAUGUGAGAGAGCAGUGGAGUGCCUGGAGCCCUGCCUGGGGGUGGAUGAGGAGCUAAGAGCUUAUGGGUUAGGCCUAAAGAGAGGACAGGUAAAGGUGACAUUAUAGUGGCUGUCUGCUAUAGGCCACCUGACCAGGAAGAAGAGGAAGAUCGGGUCCUCUACAGACAGAUAGGAGCAGACUCAGGUUUGAAUUUGCAGGCCCUGGUCCUCAUGGGGGACUUCAGCCACCCUGAUAUCUGCUGCAGGGACAGCGCAGCAGGACGUAAGCAAUGCAGGAGGUUCCUUGACUGGAUUGAUGAUAACUUCCUCCUCCAAGUGACAGAGGAGCCAACAAAGAGAAGUGCUUUGCUGGACCUCAUACUUUGCCAAGAAGGGGCUUGUUGGGAGUGUGAAGAUCCAAGGCAGCUUUGGCUGCAGUGACCAUGAGAUUGUGGCGUUCAGGAUCCUGAGGGCAGGAAGGAGGGUGAAAAGCAAGCUCACAACCCUGGCCUUCAGGAGAGCAGACUUUGGUCUCUUCAAAGAUCUGCUUGGAAGAGUCCUGUGGGAUAAGAUCCUGGAGGGAAGAGGGGCCUGAGAAAGCCAGUUAAUAUUCAAGAAUCAUGUCAUCCAAGCUCAAGAAGUUCCAUUCCAAUGAGCAGAAAGUCAGUCAAAAAUGCCAGGAGGCCUGUGUGGAUGGAGACCUCCUAGCCAAGCUCAAACACAAAAAGGGUGGAAACAAAGAUGGGUAAGCUGGGAGGACUACAGAAACAUUGUCUGAGCAUCCAGGGCUGACAUUAGGAAAGGUAAAGCCCAAAUGGAAUUGAAUUCAUCCAGGAACAUCUAAGACAACAAGAAGGGCUUCUACUAGAACAUAGGCAACAAAAGGAAGACUAGAAAAUGUGGGCCCACUGCUCAACAAGACAGGGGACCUGGUUACACAGGACAUGGAAAAGGUUGAAAUACCAAAUAUUUCCUUUGCCUCAGUCUUUACUAGCAAGACUAGCCUUCAGGAGUCCCAGGUUCCAGAGACCAGGGGGAAAGGCUGGAGCAAGGAAGAUGUACCCUUGGUGGAAGAGGAUCAGGUCAGGGUAUACUUCAGCAAACUGGACGUAGAUAAGUCCACAGGCCCUGGCCAGUAACUAGCAGAGUGCCCCAGGGGCCAGUACUGAGUCCAGUCCUGUUUAAUGUCUUCAUUAAUGAUCUCUCAGCAAGUUUUCUGAUGACACAAAACUAGGAGGGGUGCCUGAUGCACCAGAGCAUGGUGCUGCCAUCCAGAGGGACCUCGACAGGCUGGAGAAGUGGGCUGCUAAGAACCUAGUGAAGUUCAGCAAGCAGAAUUGUGAAGUCCUGCGCCUGGGAAGGAACAAGCCCGUGCACCAGUAUGUGCUGGGGCACCUGGCUGGAAAGCAGCUUGGCAGAAAAGGACCUGGGGGUCCUGUGGACACCAAAUGGACCAUGAGCCAGCAAUGGGCCCUUGCUGCAAAGGCAGCUCGUGGUAUCCUGGGCUGCCUUAGACAAAGUAUUGCCAGCAAGGCAAGGGAGGUGAUCCUUCUCCUCUACUCAGCGCUGGUGAGGCCACACCUGGAGCACUGUGUCCAGUUCUGGGCUCCCCAGUACAGGAGAGACAUAGACAUACUGGAGAGAGUCCAACAAAAGGCCACAAAGAUCAUUAAGGGACUGGAACAUCUCUCCUGUGACGAAAGGCUGAGAGGGCUGGGACUCUGGAGAAGAGAAGGCUCAGGUAUUUAUACACAUCAAAUAUAUAAGUGUAUAUAAAUAUAUUAAUGUAUAUAAAUACCUGAAGGGAGGGUGCAAAGAGGACAGAGCCAGGCUCUUUCCAGUGGUGCCCAGUGACAGGACCAGAGACACUGGGCACAAACUGAAACACAGGAGGGUCCCUCUGAACACGAGGAAACACUUCUUUACCCUGAGGGUGACCGAGCACUGGCACAGGUUGUCCAGCGAGGCCGUGGAGUCUCCGUCCUUGGAAAUACUCAAAAGCCGCCUGGGCAGCCGGCUCUGGGUGGCCCUGCUUGUGCAGCGGGGUUGGUCCACUUGAUCUCCAGCCUCAACCAUCCCGUGAUUCUGUGAUUCUGUGGUGUCAAAACUGUAACUAAAUCAAAACCUGUCUGCAAAAUUCUUGAUCCUAAUGUAUUUUUAUAUACUUCUUCUGUGCUCUUAAAACACAUGUACCACACAUCACAUCUCAUUUAACUUUCCUUUAUCGUUUUUGUGUUUUUCUACUUUUAUUUGGAACUAAAUGUUAUGAGUCACUUGUAAUAAUUUCACUGCUGUAAUAGUCAAAUCUGUGAAACAGAAUAAAAGUCUUGUAAAAUAAAAA